AUGGACUGGGGCCUGGGCACGCACCCUGAGCCCGGUGCGGAGUUCCGGGCCGGCGGCGCCGGGCUCCCAGGAGCAGGCCGCAAGCAGCUGGGCCGGCUGGCCGCGCUCCAGAGGAUGGACGCCCAACACUGGCCUUCCUGCUGGGCCUGGUUCCUGCUGGCUGAGGCGCUCGUGGUGGGGGCUGUGAUGGCUGGGGGUGGUGCUGCGGACAGCAGGCCGGAGGGGACAGCUGACACGGCGGCCGCCUGGUGGGGGGAGUGGACCAAGUGGACAGCAUGUUCCCGCAGCUGUGGGGCCGGGGUGGCCUCCCAGGAGCGGCACUGCCUGCAGCAAAGGAGGUUCUUGAGCCUGGGAGCUGGAAACCGGACCUGUGUGGGCACGUCCAAGCGGUACCAGCUGUGCCAUGUCCAGGACUGUCCACCUGACGGCAGGAGCUUCCGUGAGCAGCAGUGUAGCGCCUUUGACUCGCGCGUGUACAACGGCCGCACCCACCAGUGGAAACCCCUGUACCCUGAUGACUACAUCCACAUCUCCAGCAAGCCCUGCGACCUGCACUGUACCACGCGGGACAGCCAGCGGCAGCUCAUGGUCCCCGCCCUGGACGGCACCUCUUGCAAACUCAGCGAGCUGCGAGGGGUUUGCGUGUCUGGAAAAUGUGAGCCCAUCGGCUGUGACGGCGCACUCUUCUCCACACACACUCUGGACAAGUGCGGCGUCUGCCAGGGGGACGGGAGCAGCUGCACCCACGUGACGGGCAACUACCGCAAGGGGACCCCCCACCUUGGCUAUUCCCUGGUGACCCACAUCCCGGCGGGUGCCCGAGACAUCCAGAUCGUGGAGCGGAAGAAGUCCGCAGAUGUCCUGGCCCUGGCGGAUGAAGCUGGCUCCUACUUCUUUAACGGCAACUUCCGGGUGGACAGCCCCAAGAACUUCAAUAUCGCGGGCACCGUGGUCAAGUACCGGCGGCCUAUGGACGUCUACGAGACGGGCAUCGAGUACAUUGUGGCCCAGGGUCCCACCAACCAGGGGCUGAAUGUGAUGGUGUGGAACCAGAACGGCAGGACCCCGUCCAUCACCUUUGAGUACACUCUGGUGCGGCCACAGCCUGCCGGCUACUACAGUUUCCCGCCCCCCGGGCCAGCGCUGGCUGCGCUCCUUGGCCACAACGGCUCCCACUACAGCCCGGCCGAGUCGCGGGGCCUGGACAAGCAGCUGCUGGGCCUGCCGGACCCCGGACUGGGGCCUGCUGUGAGCAGGGGCCCGGAGACCAACGAGUUGUGUCCACUGGCCAGUGGCGGGGCGUGUGGGGGCGCCCCCCAGGGCAGAGGCCUCCGAGAUGGCAAUAUCACUGGUGCUCUCUCAGGGGACAGCCAGGAGGCCUUCCCCACCCGGGCGCCCCCCUCAGCCAACGCCAUCUCCGAUCCGCUACAAGCUGAGACGGGAAACAGCAUCUUUGUGCAGGGCGCCUCGAGGGGCGCCCCGGCCGAGGGCCUCCCACUGGAUGAGGACAGCCCCGAGGGCAUCUACCUGGAGCUGAGCAGCGUGAGCGAUUCCUCCUCCGAGGCCCUGUUCCCCAACGCCAGCCUCCCUGCCUCGGCCACCAACAGAACCCACAAGGCCAGGCCCAGGCCCAAGGGGCGACGCCCCGGCAUGAGCCCAGCAGACAUGUACCGGUGGAAGCUGUCCUCGCACGAGCCCUGCAGCGCCACCUGCGCCACAGGAGUAAUGUCGACCUACGCCAUGUGUGUCCGCUACGAUGGCAUCGAGGUGGACGACAGCUACUGCGACGCCCUGACACGACCCGAGCCGGUGCAGGAGUUCUGUGUGGGGAGAGAGUGCCAGCCCCGGUGGGAGACGAGCAGCUGGAGCGAGUGCUCGCGCACCUGCGGGGAGGGGUUCCAGGUGCGCAUCGUGCGCUGCUGGAAGAUGCUGUCGCCGGGCCUGGACAGCUCCGUGUACAGUGACCUGUGCGAGGCGGCCGAAGCCGUGCGGCCCGAGGAGCGCAAGACCUGCCGCAACCCGGCCUGUGGGCCGCAGUGGGAGAUGUCCGAGUGGUCGGAGUGCACAGCCAAGUGUGGGGAGCAGAGCGUGGUGACCAGACACAUCCGCUGCUCGGAGGACGAGAAGCUCUGCGACCCCAACACCAGGCCGGUCGCGGAGAAGGGGUGCACGGGGCCCCCCUGCGACCGCCAGUGGACGGUCUCCGAUUGGGGCCCGUGCAGCGGAGGCUGCGGGCAGGGCCGCACCAUCAGGCAGGUUUACUGCAAGACAGCGGAGGGCCGCGUGGUGCCCGAGUCGCAGUGCCAGGCAGACGCCAAGCCUCUGGCCAUCCACCCCUGCGGGGACAAGAACUGCCCUGCCCACUGGCUGGCCCAGGACUGGGAGCGGUGUAACACGACGUGCGGCCGCGGGGUGAAGAAGCGCCUGGUGCUGUGCAUGCAGUUGGCCAACGGGCGGCCGCAGGCGCGCAGCGGCUCCGAGUGCGGCCUGGCGCAGAAGCCGGCCGAGGAGAGCACGUGCUUCGAGAGGCCCUGCUUCAAGUGGUACACCAGCCCCUGGUCCGAGUGCACCAAGACCUGCGGGGUCGGCGUGCGCAUGCGGGACGUGAAGUGCUACCAGGGGGCUGACAUCGUGCGCGGCUGCGACCCGCUGGUGAAGCCGGUGGGCAGACAAGCCUGCGACCUGCAGCCCUGCCCCACGGAGCCCCCAGACGACAGCUGCCAGGACCAGCCAGGCACCAACUGCGCGCUGGCCAUCAAGGUGAACCUCUGCGGCCACUGGUACUACAGCAAAGCGUGCUGCGGCUCCUGCAGGCCCCCGCACUAGCCCCGCGCCCCGGGGAGCUCCACAGACACCUUCCUGCUGAAGAUGCCACCGAGGACAGCCCAGAGCCCGCCCCCUGCCAGUGGGCCUGUAGGGGUGUGGGGUCUCGAGGAGCGGGGGCGGGUCGUCUUGCCCCUGCGUCCCGACACCCGGGCGCCCAUCCCGCCCUGCGUCUCCGUGAG